AUGGUCUGUUUUCCAGAAUUGAGUCUGGCAGUCAGUCUGGAACUUAGAAAACAUGUUUUUGGAAAGAAGCCCAUUACAAAUGGUGCCCGGCCCAAGACUGUGCCACACCGACGUGUUGAACAUGAAAUUAUUCUCUACAAAAAAUAUUUAAAAUUGGAGUCCUCCACUCAGGCUUGUAAAAUAAAGUUGCUCUCCUUUGGUGAAAAGCAGUGUGUGUUCAUCAGUAAACUUGUCGUACACUUGAAGCCAGUUUCAGCAAAUUCUUCAACAAGCCCUCAGGCUCUAGGAUCAAGGAUAGACCUUGACAGGGUCCAAACCAUCAUGGAGUCCAUGGGGUCUAAGUUAUCACCUGGAGCUCAGCAACUGAUGAAUAUGGUUAGAUUGCAGCAGCAGAAUUGUAUUCCCAUUGGAGAGCAGCUUCAGUCAGUUUUGGGAAAUACUGGACACAAGCAUAUGAUUGACCUACAAUCAUCGUCUACUUCAGGAGCCUUCAGCAAGUCAUCGUCCACACCUUUUCCUUUUAGAACUGGAUUGACAUCUGGAAAUGUGCCUGAAAACUUAAAAGCUUACAUUGAUAAAAGUACGCAGCCACUUGGUGGAGGAAAUAUUACAAACCUUGAAGAGCGUAAAAUUGUGCCGCAAAACCAUUCUCUUCUUGAGAAUGAUCUUAAAAAUGCAGUAUCUUCUUUCCUAUCAAAGAAAGCAAGUGACAACUCAAAUAUACCAAAUUCUGAGCUGCUGCCUUUUCUCCAGAAUUUAUGUAGUCAAGUUAAUCAUCUCCGUGUGGGACAUAACACCAAGUGGCCGGAAAACAUCACCAAGCCUGGGGAAGGCGUUGGUGUUGC